AUGGCACGCUGCCAGGCCCUGCGUCACCACCACAGCCGCCGGCAUGUUUUCGUUGGCCGCACCAUCUCUUCAGCCCAGGAUGGCCCACCAAACAGGGCGAGAGCUGGGCCUUUCCCCAAACCCACCAUCUGGGCUGAGCCAGACUCUGUGAUCAUCUGGGGGAGGCCUGUGACCAUCUGGUGUCAGGCGUCCCUGGAGGCUGAGGAGUAUCAUCUGAGUAAAGCGGAAAUCCCAGAACCCUGGGUCAGACAGAAGCUUCUGGAACCCAGUGACAAGGCCAAGUUCUCCAUUGUACACCUGACCCAGUCCUAUGCAGGGAAGAAUUACUGUUACUAUCACAAGAGCACUUAUUGGUCAGCACACAGUGAUUCCUUGGAUUUGGUGGUGACAGGAUUCUACACAAAAUCCACACUGUCAGCACUCCCAAGCCCCAUGGUGACCUCAGGAGGGAACUUGACCCUCCAGUGUGGCUCAUGGCUUGGGUAUGAUAGAUUUGUUCUGUCUGAGGAAGGCAAACACAUAGGCUCCUGGAGUCAGGACUCACAGCAACUCUCGAGUGGGCAAUACCAGGCUGUGUUCACUGUGGUUCGUGUGACCUCCAACCACAGGGGGACAUUCAAAUGCUACGGCUACUUCAAGAACACACCCCAUGUGUGGUUGAAGGCCAGUGACAUCCUGGAGCUCCUGAUCUCAGGAAUGUAUGGGAAGCCCUUCCUCCUGAGCCAGCAAGGCCCCAUCGUGGUCUCUGGAGACAGCCUGACCUUCCAUUGUGGCUCCGAUGUCAGAUACGACAGAUUCGCUCUGUCCAAGGAGGGGACACAUGACCUUUUGAAAUACUUUGGCUGGCAGUCAGAGGCUGGGCUCUCCCAGGUCAACUUUCCCCUGGGCCGUGUGAACCGCACCCAUGGUGGAAAGUACAGGUGCUAUGGUGGGUACAACCUUUCCCAUGAGUGGUCGGCCCCCAGUGACCCACUAGACGUCCUGGUCACAGGUCUAUACAGGAAACCUUCUCUCACAGCCCAGCUGGGCCCUGGGGUGAUGUCAGGAGGUAAUGUGACCUUGUGCUGCCGCUCAGAGAGCUCAUUGGACGUGUUCCACCUUGUCAAGGAGGGAGAGGCCCAUGACUCCUGGUUCUCUGGAGUGCAGAGCCACAAUGGCACAUGCCAGGCUGACUUCUCCCUGGGCCCCAUGACUCCAGCCCUUGGUGGGGCCUAUAGGUGCUAUGGAUCUUUCCAACACUCUCCCUAUGAGUGGUCAGAACCAAGUGACCCACUAGUGGUCUCAGCCCCCACUCUCCAGGACUACACUGUGGAGAAUCUCAUCCGGAUGGGCGGGGCGGGGCUGACCUUCGUGGCUCUCUUGGUGGUGCUGGCUGAGGCCUGGUGGGGCCUAAGGGUCCACAGUAUGGAGACCGAAGAAACUUCCUGA